GCUGUUUGGGUCACGUGACGAGAGGUCAGCUGAUUCCACACGACCGGAGAGUCUGACAAGAUCAUCUCAACCUGUUCUCGAAAUCAUCACCGGAACGCCGACAAGAUGUCUGGAAAAGACAGGAUCGACAUAUUCCCCUCCAGAAUGGCUCAGACCAUCAUGAAGGCUCGUAUGAAAGGAGCACAGACGGGCCGCAACCUGCUCAAGAAGAAGUCGGAUGCCCUCUCCAUGCGAUUCCGUCAAAUCCUCCGCAAGAUUAUUGAGACAAAGACCAAAAUGGGAGAGGUGAUGCGAGAGGCGGCCUUCUCUUUGGCCGAAGCCAAGUUUGCAGCUGGUGACUUCAGCACAACUGUCAUCCAGAAUGUCAACAAGGCUCAAGUGAAGGUCCGAGCCAAAAAAGACAACGUGGCAGGUGUAACUCUUCCAGUUUUUGAGCACUACCAAGAAGGCGGGGACAGCUAUGAGCUGACCGGUCUGGCCAGAGGAGGAGAGCAGCUAUCCAGGUUGAAGAGGAACUAUGCCAGAGCUGUGGAGCUGCUGGUGGAAUUGGCCUCCCUACAGACAUCUUUUGUGACUCUCGAUGAGGCCAUAAAGAUCACCAACCGCCGUGUGAAUGCGAUCGAGCACGUGAUCAUCCCCCGCAUCGAUCGCACCUUGACUUACAUCAUUACCGAGCUGGAUGAGAGGGAACGAGAGGAGUUCUACAGGCUGAAGAAGAUCCAAGAGAAGAAGAAGCAGCUGAGAGAAAAGACAGAAAAAGAAAUUGCAGAACGCCUGGCCAAGCUGGGCCCCAUCGCGGAGCCCGCCAACAUGCUGACGGAGGAGACGGAUGAAGACUUGCUCUUUGAGUGACCUUGUCGCCGAGGCAACCCUUAAACCUAUUUAUUCCGUGCCUCCCGGCCCGCGUCUAAGCCCUCUCAUGAAAGUGUGAUUUUGUGUCCAUGUUUUCGUCUUUGUACAGAACUGAAGCGUCACUGCAAGUAAUAUAAGGAUACGUAAAUAUAAUAUGAAGUCAAUUGUGAUUAUGAUGGUGAUUUGUGCUUCUCACACUGCAUGCUGUAAAGCUUAAAACUGUUGUGAGUGUGUGUGAGUCCCUUUGGGAUUGUUGUUACCUCACUGACCAGAUGUUGCUGUAAAACACUCAUCAUCAACCAAUAAAAGAUGUACGUACUCACA